CAUUCACAAGUUUGUGUUGACCCAUAACAAUGUCGAAGCUAAACGAUCGCGAAAAAUGUUACUUAAAUAUCGAACCAGCCCUGCAACUAUAUCUACACACCCUCGUAAACGGAUGCAAAUAUAUAUAUAUGUACAUACAUAAAAACAUACCCACUCCCACGUUUACACAAUGAAGCGCAUAGCUAUACUUACAUUAUAUAGAUUGUGACUGACUAUGAAACUUGUUCGUAAUAGAAGUAGUUACAUUAGUUGACCUAAACAAGUUAACCAGUGGUUCAUGUCAUAGGAAGUAAGUAGUUUUACUUGCGUCACCGAUGAGAUCAUCAGAUGAAGUGGUGUCUCUGUCAAUCUAAUUGUAUCAAUCUGAUCUUAUUGGUAAUUGCUGCUUUAACUUUACCUGGAUAUGCUGAAUAUGAUGGAGACAUUACUUCGGAAUCUUCCGGUUUAGUUAAAGUGUUUCACAAUGGUAAAUGGGGAUCCAUUUGCGAAGGAAACACUUCUCAUGUGGAGGCGAAAGUGAUAUGUCGGAGCUUAGGCCGCAAAUAUUUAUCUCAUGGAGGAAUAUCUUCAUCUUUACCUGCCUACAUGAGUUCAGUGACAUGCAGGGGGGAUGAAAUGUCACUUGUAGAUUGCUAUAAUGCCACUUUGUCAAGUUACUCAUAUUGCUCUUCAUCCCCAAAGCUUUAUGUCAGAUGCAAGGAAAAUCGGAAAUAUAUGUUUGCUUCUUCUGUUGGUUUUCCUGGACAAAGAGCAUAUCUGAAGAAAGUCUUUAACAACUAUAUCGGGAGUAUUAGUUUCUAUUAUCACAUGUUUGGAAAAGACAUGGGAAGCCUAAAUAUUUAUAUUCAAACUAAUUCCAGCAAAACUGAAAUUGCAUCUAUAUCAGACAAUCAAGGUGAUGGAUGGAAAUAUCUAUGUCUACCUGUAGCAGUGAAAUAUGGGUAUCAAGAAAUCGUAUUUGAAGCAUUCCAUGGAAAUGGUACUGAAAGUGGUAUUGCUCUUGAUGACAUGACUAUAUCAACAGAGAACUGUUCACAAUGGAAUGUUAGCUGUAAUUUUAAUGAAAACACUUGCAAUUAUGAUAUUGAAAAUAAUGAUAUAAAUGGUGGCUGGAGAAUUGAGAAGAUAUCUGGUCUGGAAGAUCGUUCUAAUUAUGGAGAUUAUUUGGUAUUUCAUAGUAACUACAAUGCAGUGAAUAGAAACUCCCUGAUAUCACCUUUCAUUGAUAUUCCAUUGUCGAAUGCCAAAGUUACAUUUUAUUACUACAUGCCUGGGAUUGCAAAUGGUGAGCUACAAGUACGGUUUGUGGAGGAAGGACUUGAAAAAUGGUCUACUAAAACACCAUAUUUCUGGCAAGAUUUUGGAGACCAUGGAACUAAAUGGCAAUAUGGUUGCAUGAAUCUACCAAGUAAAAGAGGAAGAAUCGUAUUUAUUGGCUUUUCUGGAAGGUCAAAAACUUCUAAAAUGGCUCUUGAUGAUAUUAUCAUUGCCGAAGGUCUUUGUCAGACUGGGAUCACAAAUCAUGUGUGCACCUUUGACAACCCAUUACUUUGUAAAUACAUAAUUACUUGUAUGAACCCCAUUGAAUACACGUGGAGAAGGAUUAUUGGAGGAACACCAACAAAUGGAACAGGACCUGACACUGACAAUUCAAAUAGUAAAGAUGGAUUCUAUAUCUAUGCAGAAUCUUCUUAUGGAAAGCCUAAUGAUACUGCAGAGUUGAAGUUUCCAGUUUCUAAUGUCAAAGAAAAAAGUCUGAAGUUUGCUUAUAGUAUGCAUGGAAGUGGAAUUGGACAAUUAUAUGUAAAAUUUAAAAAUAAAUCUGAUGAGAAAAUAGUAUGGAGAAUGAAAGGAGACCAAGGAUUAUAUUGGUACGAAGUGUGUUUAUUUAUUGAAUAUGACAUAAAUGAUAUCGUCUUCAUUGCUGAAAGAGGAGACUCCUACCUGGGAGACAUUGCAAUAGAUAGUGUCUCUGUUGAAAUGAAAGCAUGCCCUGGACCCUUUGAUUGUGAUUUUGAAGAUGGAAUAUGCAACUAUAAAGUAUCCAAUACUAGUCAUUUAUGGAAAAUUAAGAACCAAAAUCCAGAUUCCGGUGAUACAAGCAGUUACUUAUUUAUUUAUUCAUAUUCAAACACUGAAAAUAUAUUUGAGAUGAAGUCUCCUCAAGCUUUUGUGAAAGGAAAUUCAAGUGUCAGCUUUAAAUACAAAAUGACCGAAUAUACAAAAGAAAUUGCAGUGUUUACUUAUGAUGCUAAGUCAAGAAAUAACAUUUGGUCUUCAAAUUACAAUAAUAUUACAGAAUUCACAACAGCUUGUAUAAAUUUCCAAUUUUCACAGGAAAUAGGGCUGGGCUUUCAGAUGACUGCAAAUACAAAUGCAUCCAUGAAGGAAUAUGCUUAUUUGGAUUAUAUUUCCAUAAGUAAUACAACAUGUGAAUCAAAAUUCUUCAGCUGUGCUUUUGAAGAUACAAAUAUGUGUGGUUUUAAAAGUUUCCCAGAAAGAGCUUCUUGGACUUUAAGUAAUGGUUUGUCUGGUGAAAGACCAAAACUUGAUCAUUCAGAAAGAACUUAUGAAGGUCUAUAUGUGAUGUCGAGUUCUAGAGGGUUAAGCCGUCUAGAAUUACCAACAAUAACCAUGGAAAAUACUUUCUGUUUGAACUUUUAUUAUACAUUCUUUGGUAAUGGCAAUGUGUCAGUCUAUAACAACGAUACUUUCCUAAUGGGUCUUUCUAAAUUUGAUGUCGAUAACUGGAGGAAUGUCAAAAUUACUCUACCAAAAGGGAGACACAAUAUUUCUUAUAUAUACUGGAAAAACAACACAUAUGGAACUGUGGCAUUUGAUAGUGUUUCAACAACCCCAGGAAAGUGUUCACAUACAGACUGUGGAGAAAACUGGAAACCUUGUAAUAAUAACUACACAUGCUACCCUUAUACAGCAAAAUGUGAUGGGAUAAACAAUUGCCCUGAUGGAGAAGAUGAAUUUAAUUGUACAAGUGGAAAACGAAAAUUUAGAUUAGUUGGUGGCCAAAGUUUGCUGUCGGGAACAGUGGAAAUGCAUAAUGGUUCACAAUACUCACCAAUAUGUGCAUACAGAUUCUUACUGGAAGGAGUGGAACAGAUUUGCUCUGAAUUUGAAGUCAAUGGGACUGUAACUUUGCAAAAAAAGUUUAUAUAUUUGACUGAAGAAUACUUUAAUUGUGUUUAUCGUGAGUUUAACUGUUAUAAGAGAGAAUGUUCAAGCCGCUGUUAUUGUUCUUCACUUUAUGUGACUUGUUCUAAUACAACUUGUGAAGAAGGUGAGGUUAAAUGCCCUCCAGGUCGCAAUGAAACCAAUUCUGCAGAUGUAUGCAUUCGCCAAGAAAGUUUAUGUGAUGGGGAGAUUGAUUGCGAAGAUGGUACCGAUGAAGGGAUUUGUGAUCAAUGUACAGAUGAACAGUGGCAAUGCAGAGAUAAGAAGUGUAUCAAGAAAGAUCUUCAUUGCAAUGGUAUUAAAGACUGUAAGGAUGGUUCAGAUGAAUUUCAUUGCUUUAGAUACAUUGGCAAAACGAUUAAAUUUUUUUACAAUGACUCAUAUAAAUAUAUCUGUGAAAACAACUUGAAAAAUGAAAGAAUUGCAAAACAGUUGUGUUCCUAUGUUGGAAGAAGUAAUGGAACAUUUGGUGAUCCAAUUCUAGGAGAUGGUGUAUUAUUCACAUCCAAGAUCUCGUAUAACACUAACCAGUUGAUUCCAGGUUUUGAAGCCGUGUCCAUAGGGAACUGCAGCAUCAUGGUUCUGAACUGUAUUGAACAACAAUGUGGAAAUCAAAAUAUGAACUUAAUUGAACCCAACAUUAGAUAUGGACAAAAAUCUUUGGAUGGUAAAUGGCCAUGGGAUGUGCAGAUUUUUGCAGGUUCCCAAUUGAUUUGCACUGGAGUCAUCAUCAACAGUCACUAUGUGCUUACUGCUGCUCACUGCUUAAUAUAUGUAGACAAAUAUGAUUAUUCUAUAAGAGUUGGAUCUGUUAAGAAGAAUCAAGGAACAAAAUACAAUGUGUUUCAAUCUUUGAAGCAUGAACAAUAUGAUAGCAACAAUUUCAAUAAUGAUAUUGGACUAAUUUAUAUAAAAAGUAAAAUUAAGAUGUCAGCAAAUGUGCAACCCAUUUGUCUUCCAGAAAACCCUGCACCCAAAGACAAAGAAUGUUAUGUGACUGGAUGGGGUAUGAAUGAAAAGGGUACUUAUCCAACGACUUUACAUGAAACGAAGGUUUAUUUGUUAGAAGAUUCAUUUUGUAAGAAAUAUUAUUCACGUAUUGGUAAUGCUACAUUUUGUGCCAAUCAUAGGGAAGACAACCAGCCAACAUGCUAUGUUGACAGUGGAGGCCCAUUAGCAUGCCGUGAUACAUAUGGUAACUGGGUAAUAUAUGGUAUUACCAGCUUUGGUAAGUCCGAAUGUACUGGACCUGACUCCUCUCCAGCAGCAUUUACUGAUGUCUCUAAAUUGGUGAUGUGGAUUGAAAAAAAUACAUAAAAAUUUCAUAUAGUUAUUUUUUUUACAAUGUUCAAGGUUAUUGAGUACUUCAAUGUAAAAUGACUUUAUUAAUUGCUUAUUAUUAAUUAUUUAUUAAUGUAGAAUUAUUCUACAAUUUAUAAUCAUCUAAUCUAACUUGAUGAUUUAGACUUCCGUCUGAUUUCAUGUCUUCUUAUUUUCCUUUUGAUUGUUUUCGUUAUCAAUGUUUUGUAAAGUUCGAAUUAUAAAUGUAAACUUAUAAAUGUAAAAUGUAAACGAAUUAUAUAAUGUAAACUUCAGCUUAAACUUCAAGAUAUUUACUGUUUAAUUAAACAUUAAUUUUCCUGGCAAUACUACCAAUCAUAUUCUUGUCUUGGGUGCUCCAAGGUAAUUUCUUAGGGAUGCUGUAAUGGCAUAUAGUAUGUUUUGAGCAUUUUUAGACCUGGCAGAACCCAACUCUCUUCAAGUUUGGCAAAUGUUGAUUUCUUUUAGAAGAAAGGAAAAUAUCAGACAUACAGAAUGAAGGAGUAAAAAAAAAGAGAAGAAUCUACCUCAUUACAGAACUGAUACAUUAUUUCUUGAACCACAAAUGAUAAAGUUAAUGCCAGUGGGAUUUGAACUCGCAGUAUAGAGAACUGGAAAAUUAUUGUUCAAUAAUCUAUCUGUCACUCUAAUGACCCUGCCAAUUUACUGCUUCUAUUAAAUGCAUUGCAACAGGUGAAAGAAAUAGCAAUUUUGUUAAUUAUGUUUAUACAUAAAAUUUCAUUUGCACAUGUAAAAGAAAUUAUUGUAAAAUAAUUUUAGAUUCAGAAAGAGACUCAAGCUGGUAUGAGAGUACAAUGUACCUUCCUCAGUACACAGUCAACUUGUCAGCUGUCUUACAACUACGCUUACAUUCAGGAAACAAAAAUAUAUUAGAUAUUGCAGUUAUAUUCAUUCAGUUACUUGUUAUGUUCUUCCUUUUCUCUUGUGGGGUUUAACUUUAACUCAACUAAAUUUACCAUAGAUUGAAUUUAUUACAAAUAUAUUUUGAUAUACAUAUUUGUGUAAUGUAUGGUGUCUACAUGUUGUUAACAUGUGUAUUCAUUAAAAUAUAGUGAAAUAUUCUCAAUGAUCAAGGAUUUUAUAAUAAAGUUUUUUAAUUUUGUAAUUAUAUAUA